AUGAGCAAAAAAGCAGCCAUUCCCGAUGCCUGGGACGACGAUUGGGUGAAGGCUGCAGAUAAGCCUGAUACCCAGCAAUCUUCUCAAGAUAGUAUAGCUGCGAAGCUGAGCAAAGCCGAGCGCAGAGCACAGCAUGCGGAGCAACAGAAGCAGUUAUGGGACACUGCCGAGAAUCCAGGCCGAUUCCACUGGCUAGAGACACAAGGUGUUGUGCCUCUGAAACAGGAGUUCGCAGCUCCUGUCACUUUACUGAGUCGCAAGCCGCCAACUAUCGCGAAGAGGGAAGACGACGAGGACAGCGAGGAAGAGGCGCGUAAGAAGCGGGAGGCAUCCAUGGAGGAACGCCAGAGGAAAGCAGAGUUGGAGCGCAAGGAGAAGCAAAAGCGUUAUGCUGAAGCACGGGAGCGAAUAAUGGGAACUUCGAGUCCUGCACAGGCUUCAAAUUCGAGGGACAGCUCUCAAGGUCGCAACAACCAACGACAGCGAGGAGGAAACAAAGCUGGAGCUAGGCGCAGUCAGCCGGAUUCUCCUGCUGAGCCUUCGUCCUCAGCCACUUCCAGCUCUCAGCAGCUGUUUGAUCCGGACGAUAUGGGCAGGAGAUUGAUGACGAAGCGCGAAGCAAGCUCAACGCCGAGAGAAGACAUGCCAGUGCGACAACCUCGAGGCCCUGAAAGUGGCCGAGGUGGAUUCGGGUUUGCUGGUCGUGGUGGUUCGACUGCAUCUUGA